AUGUUGACCGUUAUCACGUAACCGGGUUCAGACAACGCUGGGAUGUUUCUUAUGCUUUUGCUUCUAAAGAUCGGACUGGACACAGCAGUGAUGUAUUUAUGCACCAGGAAGCUGUAUACCUCCUUUCUAAGCCUGUGCAGCCUGUCCAUCUUCUUGGCUGACUUUGUCAUGGUGUUUUUAGUAGCAAGCCUGUUGUUUCUUGGGCCUGAAACAUGUCAUCGGUCCCUCCGUUUCAUCUUCGCCAAUGCCUCAGCGACAUAUGGAGCACUGCCGCUUCCCAUGAUGUGCCUGGGUUUAUUGGACUACUGUUUAGAAGGUACCUACCUCGGCAAGCAGAGCACCGCAUGUAAAUUCCUAAGGAACUCGGUUUGGUUAUUGCUGAUUACUUACCUCUCCUUUGGUUCAGUGGAUUCUAAUCUGAAGGAAAUAGAUUUUGAGUCAGAGACAAAGGCUCUAGUGUGUGAAGUAGAGGAGUCUGUGCUGAUCACCUUUUCCGUUUUAGUUCUUUUCUCAGCUGUCUUUUUUACAUUGCUGCCAUUUUGGCCAAAAAUUCCCCAGUGGGUGAAACAGGCACAUGGGUUAUCUGAAGCGAGGGGUGAAUCAGACAACCAGAGCAGCGACUUGUUGUUCACCUCAACUACCUACGCGGAGACAAAAAGCAACGAGGAGUAUUAUCCAGAGGAACCCAUCCAACCGGGCCCACCUCUGUGGCUCAGCUUCACACUGGGCUUUGCUCUAUGUUGGAUGCCUUAUCUCAUCUUGUCUGUGGUGUGUCUGAUCUUGGAAUUUGCAUUACCGGCCUACAUCGCUGUAAACCUUCUGUGGUUGGAGUGUAUCAACAGUUUACUGGUUGGUUUGGUGAUCUGGAUAAAUAGCAAGACGCAAGGACCAUACAACAAACUCCCACAAAAUAUUUGCUUGUGGCAAGUUUAUUGGCAUCCAAGCAAAGGAACACAACAGCAGAAACUCCAAGUAGCUGUGUGUAACCCAUCAAAAUUAAAAGAGAACCGGGCAGCCCGCUCAGUGGUUAGAGCUGGCCUAUAUGUGUUAACUGCUGCCUAA